AUGCCGGAAUUAACUAUCAAAGGAAGAUUACCCCAGUCGAGUUUUCAAUUAUUUCAAGAUAAAAUUUUUUCCGAUGUUAUUAUCAAGAUCAAUGACGCUCAAUUUCAUUGCCAUCGCUUCGUGCUAGCAUCGUUUAGCUCUUACUUUCAAGCAAUGUUCGUAAAUGAAAUGGCAGAAUCUCAGCAAAAUAUCAUCGAGUUAAAAGAACUGAACGAGGAUGUUUUCGCUGACAUUAUUCACUAUUUUUAUGGAGUAGAUUUGAAGAUCACUGAGAAAAAUGUUCAGAUAUUGGCAAUAACUGCAUCCAUGCUUAAUAUUAUGGAUGUCGUUGACAAAUGUUACUCAUUUUUAUCCGAGAAAUCACCAAAUAGAAGUAGUUAUGGCGCCUUAGCAAUAGGUCAUAAAAUCCUUGUGUUUGGUGGAAUUACUAAAGAUAAUGUAGAUAUAUUGCGUAGUAUCAUAGCCUUCGAUACUUGCAAAGUUCGAUGGAGUAACGCGGAUUUGGCGCCACUUCCUAAACCCAUUGCACUGUUAUCGCCUUGUCUAUGUGAUAAUCGCUUAUAUAUUAUUGGCGGUAGCCACGAAAAUUCAUCAACUGCGACUAAUGAGGUAGCCUAUCUGGAGAGUGGUAGUGAUCACUGGGUUUAUGUUUCUCCGAUGAAUGUUGCCAGAAAUGAUAGCGUGGUUGCUGUUUUAGAUAAUUUAAUUUAUGUAGGCGGAGGCCAGAAUAAUAAAUGGAAAGUUAGGAGCUUUGAAAGAUAUAACCCUAGCACUGAUACGUGGGAAUUAUUAAAUUGGAGCAUACCAUUUUCAGAAUUUCCUGACUCUCAUGUAUUAACAGUUUACGACGGAUGUUUAAAUUAUAUUUGGAAUUCGUGUAGACGUCGUCAUUGUCAUACGUAUAACCCAAUACAAAAUGAGUGGACUGAAGCUAGUGAAUCUGCUAGUGCCAUUCUUCGUUUUAAAUAUCGCGCAGAGGAAGACCAAUUUAAUUAUGACGAAUGUCUAAAUAAAUUAUUUAUUAUACGUGUCACAAACCAGCUUCGUGACAAGGAUAACGUAAAAUAA